AGGCUAGAUGCAUAUUCACAAUUAGCCAACUUUCUUAACAAUCAAAAUUGGGGUCACAAAUUUUUUGACAAUGAUCAUCAAAUAUUUAUUUUGUUGUUCAAUACACAGGCUGAAAAAAGAGAGCAAACUUUACAACAUAAAAACAAGACUCAAUUACUGAAGCUAUUAAUUGAGUAG